ACACUCUGAGAUCCUGCCGAGUCACUCUCCCUCGAUAAUCCACCAAAGUGUGACCCCGAUGCCGGCGAUCGAUCAAUCGCUGUUGAGCGCAACACUGUGGAUGCCAAUGAACGUGUCGCAGUUGAGUCUUUUAAGUAGACCCAAAUUUCUCACGUCUCACUUUGACCCUAAUUUGGCCCACAUCCGCUAUUUGUUGGGCCCGAAGAUUGUUUCUCCGAGGUGAACUAGGUGGGGUUGUCCUCGGCGGCCUGCUUUGAUGAUUUCGAAGAACCGUGAUCACCUAAGCAAUCGGUUGUUGAGAGUGGGAUACUUAGCGAUGAAAUCGGUUCAAGCUGUGCAGGUAAAAUAGCGGGGGUGCAGUGAUCAGGGUUAGGGGGGGCAAGUGGCGAUGACGAAAAUGGGGUGGUGGGAAUGGAUCAUGGGGUUGUUUGUGAUCGUUUGGGAUUCGCUUUGUCAGCGGAUCUCCUCCGUCACGCUUCAGCCCGGCCUCCCAACUUUGUCUCUGUCGCACCUCACCUGCAUUAUUACAAGCUGCUCACCUGGCAUUGCUCUUGAAACUGCAAGACAUUUGGCGAAGUCAGGAGCGCACGUUGUGUUUGCUGUGGCCGAUGUGGAUGCUGUGAGGGAGCUGAUUGCGAGGUGGGAAGAUGAAUCAACGGGUUAUACGAAUCCGCCGCUCAAUUGUGAGGUUAUGAAGAUGGACUGUCUAGUACUGGACUCUGUGCGUAAAUUUUCUGUAGAUUGGGAGGCGCGCAAGCUUCCUUUGAACGUGUUAAUCAACAUCAGUAGCUCUUCCUACAUGGACGGUACAAAUACAAAGAACUUGUCAAGGGAUGGCUACGAGCAUCACAUGCAAGUGAACCAUCUUGCCCCAGCUCUUUUAUCGUUGUUGAUGUUGCCGUCUUUGCUUCGUGGAUCACCUUCACGAGUAGUUAUGGUGAACUCUGUUGUACACCACAUAGGUCACCUUGACGCAGACGAUCUUAACCUAUCUGGCAACAAAAAGAGAUGGAAUACGUUGACAGCUCAUGCGAACAGCAAGCUUGCCCAGCUUCUGUUCUCCAACCUGCUACAAAGACGGCUUCCAAAGGAAACCGGCAUUGACAUCAUAUGUAUGCACCCUGGGCAAGUUGUAAACGAAACGGCAACAGGUUGGCGUGGUAUUAUCCAGAAAAUUCAGUUUAAUCUUUUCAGCCCUCUGGAAGGUGCUCGGAGUUUGCUGUUCUGCGUCACAGACAAACAAGUACAAGACUAUGCACGAGCAUUGCGUUCGAUCAGUUAUCCUCUAGCGCCCUACUUUGGGUCUGAUUGCCGACCCUGCGCUGUCGCUCGUCAGGUACAUGACAUGCACAAGGCGAAUCUGGUUUGGCAAGAGACACUGCGGCUGGUGGGUAUCCCAGUGGAGGUCGUUGAAGAAGCCGUAAAUGAAAGCGAUCCAGUUGAUGUUACUGGAGAUGUGAAAUACAUGGAUGUGUUUCCUGAAGUUAGUAACGAUGAAGGUCUCGAUUUUUUGCUAGGAAGUAGUAAUGAUAACGAUGACAGUUUUGGCGGUCUCGACGCUCAGUUUUUGCAAACAGAUUUUGGUCAUUCCUAAGUGUCAUGUUUUUUUUUCAGCGGCAAUAGAUGAAAAUAUGAGAUUUGCGCUUUGUUUGGCUAGUAGAUAUGGGAAAUUAGUGUGAGACAUACAUAUUUCAUUGAAGUUAUCGGAAUAUGAAGUGGUGUUUGCAGUUGAAAGAUUCA